AUGGAGACUGUGAGCUUGGCAUUCACGAACAAUAAUUCUUCGUCUGCUCUGAUCAGCAGCAAGCAGAACAGCCUGGACGAUUGGGAGGAAACGCUCUCGUCGAGGAGAAACUGGGAUUCCGAAAACCAGAACACGUUUCUGAACUGCGACCACUGUCCCAUCUACGAUGAGAUGUUGCUAUCCCAAGAUUCGAAGCUACGAGUCACUCGAGUUGAAGGAGAACUCCGCGGUUCUCACAGCAUGCACGAGGGCUUAUCAGCGACGCCUCUCAACUCCUGCAUCCUCCCUGUCGUUCGUCCGCUGGAGGACAUGGUUGAGUCCGUGCUGAAGAAGAUAAGCGAGUGGAUGCUUGGGCCAGUUGCUGUCUACGAGAUUGACGAGCUGACUGGACAAGUCAAGAUCGCCAACGCCCGGUCAUCUUUCCUCGAGUCCGAAAACGACAUGUCACGAGCUGAGAAAUUCAUCCGACCGAUUUACAACUCGGCGAAAUCCGCGUACCGGAGGAUGAAGAGCUCUUCCCAGCCGCUCAUCGAUACCGCCAAGAUAGCUCUCAAGUCAUUCAGGGGAAAAUCCUCCACAGCUGGGGAUCUGCUGGUGGACAAUCGUGUGUCAGAGUGA